GCCGGGUGUGGCCCUGAGCGAGCGCCCAGCCAGUCACCCCGGCUUGUGGGCGCGGCGGGACGCCCAUGGCAGCCGCGGCCGAGUUCGCCCAGCCCCGCUGCGCCGCCUCCGCCCGUCCCUCCCUCGCUUCCCCGACAGCUGCUGACGGCGCAGCUGGACGCGGCGGGUGCCCGGGUCACCCUGCCCAGGUUUGGUGAACGGCAUUUUGAACAGGAUAUUUGGUACCAGGUCUCAGGAGCCCGUUUGUUGGAAUUAUUGCCCCACGCAGCCGGGAUCGUGAGGCUUCGGGAAGGUUUGUGGGCACACCCGGUGCAGGCCAACGUGGAGGCACAGCAGGAAGCCAUUUUCGGGAACUUUUGCCACAGGUGUAAAAGACGCCGGAACCGCGAAGAUGCUGAAACAGAUACUAGCCGAGAUGUACAUAGAUCCCGAUCUACUGGCAGAGCUCAGCGAAGAACAGAAACAGAUCCUGUUCUUCAAGAUGCGGGAGGAACAGAUCCGGCGAUGGAAAGAAAGAGAAGCGGCAAUGGAAAGAAAGGAGUCCUUGCCAGUGAAAUCCAGACCAAAGAAAGAAAAUGACAAAUCCGUCCAUUGGAAGCUGGGAGCCGAUAAGGAAGUCUGGGUGUGGGUGAUGGGUGAACACCAUCUCGACAAGCCCUACGACGUGCUCUGUAACGAAAUCAUUGCCGAGCGGGCCCGGCUGAAAGCGGAGCAGGAGGCACAAGAGCUCAGAAAAACCCAGUCUGCAGAAUUCACCAAUAGCUUAAAAACGAAAUCACAGGACGGUGGUCUACAAGCCGCAGAUCACCGGGAGGCUCAGAACAUCUGCAAGGCAGCGACAGGAGAGGAACCGCGGCAGGGACCGAGCCCAGCGCCAACGCUGGGAGAGGAGAAAAUCCGAUCACCCUCCAGUUCUUCAAGAAACAUUCAACAAAUGUUGGCCGAUUCUAUCAGUCGUAUGAAAGCAUAUGGAUUUCACCAGAAGAAAGAAUCCCCGAAGAAAAAACAAGAUGAAGAAAUGAAUCAAAUAGAUGAAGAGAAAACCAAGCAGAUUUACAAGAACUGGAAAGAAGAUUCCGAGUGGCAGGCAUCUCUGCGAAAAUCCAAAGCAGCUGAUGAGAAGAGACGCUCCUUGGCUAGGCAAGCGCGGGAAGACUACAAGAGGUUGUCCCUGGCAGCCCAAAGAGGAAGAGGCGGUGACAGGCUGCAAAGCCCCCCGAAUGUUCCACAGAGACAAAAAAGACCUCCCCUUCCACCCAAGCCUCAGUUCCUGAACCCAGCGGGACACCCUCAAAAACCUCUCAGAAAUGAGGGUGUGACGAGGACGGCAUCCAGCUCCACCCAGGAGGACAUCAUCCGCUGGUUUAAAGAGGAGCAGCUACCAUUUCGAGCAGGCUACGAGAAAACCUCAGACACCAUAGCUCCCUGGUUCCACGGCAUUGUCCCGCUCAAGAAAGCAAACGAGCUGCUCCUGAGCACGGGCAGGCCGGGCAGUUUUCUGAUCCGGGUCAGUGAGAGGAUCAAAGGCUACGCCCUGUCCUAUCUGUCGGCCGAGGGCUGCAAACACUUCCUCAUAGACGCCUCCGCGGACUCCUACAGCUUCCUGGGCGUGGACCAGCUGCAGCACGCCACCCUGGCGGACCUGGUGGAGUAUCACAAGGAGGAACCCAUCACCUCCCUGGGGCAGGAGCUCCUUCUCUACCCCUGUGGGCAGCAGGACCAGCCGCCCGACUACCUGGAGCUCUUCGAGUGACCCCCUCUGGCCGGGUCAUCCUGCAACCUCCGGCUGGGCUCUCCCCUGCACAGACACCGCUGACAUUUGUGUGUGAAGCCGAAGUCACCCUGCAGCAGACCCAGUGCUGAUCCAGUGAAGGUAUCCACGGAGUCUCCUCCUGAAAUCCUCCUUCUGCACAAAUGCUGGAGUUUAACAUCAGGAGAAAAUCGCCUUUGCUCAGAAGCGCUCCGGAAGUACAGAGAGAAGUUCCAGUUUCGGUGCGACCUAACACGAAGGGUAUGACUUUAAGAUAAAAUGAACAACGAUGACAUUGAAACCUUUUAGAAAUUAAGGUAUACUUCCAAAGACAGGAUCGCGUAUGGACUCUUCUAUGACCCCUACGCUCUCUCUUGUGUCGUCUCCAGCAGGCUCAGAGUCCCAAUUACAUGAAGUUCCCUGCUGGCUUAGAAAUGCUAGCGGUGAGACCUUCACUGGGCAAGAUGAUCGAAAUAUAUGUCGCUUAUUGUGCACAUUGGAACCAGGACAUGGGAGACCCACAAAAACAAGCCAUGAAUGUAAAUUGAAGGAGAAGUUUUAAAAUGUAGGAUGAGAGGCUUAACGUGGAUAAAAAUACAUGGGGACUGCAGGAAAGCACACAUGUAUGUGUGUUUCCUCCCACUGGAGAGAGGGGGGACUGUGCAGGCUCUCCCCAAGAGUGCACCAAAAAGGAUGAAGCACGUGCUCACAUACAGUGUUGUUAUUACCGCUGCGUAGACAGGAUCAGUGCACUGUUUGGAUGCUAUUUACUGGGGGUUGAAUGGUGUUCUCCAAAAAGAUGUAUUGAAGUCUUAACCCACUGUACUGGUGACUGUGGCCUUAUUUGGAAAUGGGGUCGUUGCAGAUGAGGUCACAGUGGCAUCCUUACAAGGAGAGAGAGAGACCCACACAGAGGGAAGACAGCCACGGGACAACAGAGCCAGACUGCAGGGACAGUUGCAAGGCAGAGAACACCAGGGACUGCCAGGAGAGAGGCCUGGAACCCUCUCCCCAGAGUCUCACAGCAGGGCACAUGGCCCUAUUGACACCUUAAUUUCAGACUUCCAGCCUCUAGAACUGUGAGAAUAAAUUUGUUUUAAGCCACUGAGUUUAUGGUAAUUUGUUACUGAUGCCCCAGAAAGCUAAUACGGUCUAAUUAUGGAACCCAACGUACGUGAGACAUCUUUCAUUGUUACACGGUCCACCACUGUCAUGAAAAAGUAAAAAUGGGAGAUUGAGAAAAACCUUCCAGCUAGUCUGGCCCUGGGACAGAUUUGUCCAUUAGGCCACCCCCAGCGACUCUGGGCCUGGCCUCUGGCCAGGGACCCAGGCCGCUCUCAGCCACUCAAGAUCAUUUUUGCGGGGGGGAGGAUGGAAAUCUGCUUGUAUCUCAGGACUGACUCCUGGGUCAGCAGCUUUUUACUUUGCCCUUAAAUGAAAGCAGAAGGACACAGCCGUAUGUUCACGAGGUGGCUGGCUGGGUAUAGCACUCAGGGACUGUGUAACAAGAAAGCUUUUAAACUUGUAUCACUGUUUCUCGUAAUGUUCCACAUGGUUUAUAUUAAACUAUUACAAAAACUCCA